AUGAAGACUGACUUCGGAGUGUGCGCUCCCAGCAUGGCGCUCAAAGCGGAGGAGAGCCGUGUGUACCGGGGGAGCCGGUUUAAAGACAGGGACAGCUCGCAGACAGCGGAUGGAUACGAGCCUGGACAUGUCUCUGUGCGAACUUGUGACAUGGACAAACAGUGGUCCCCGUCCCAGACAGCUGCCGCAGCCCCAGUCGAUGCCUUCAAGCCGGAGUGCUCCUUUUCUGCCUGCGCCACCAUCUCCGAAACCGCCCGAGAGCUGUGCAAUGCCGUGUCCGUGUCUCUGGGACUGAGCCUGGAGUCCAGCGGGGACAGCAGCGAAGCAGAGCCCGCUCUGCUGCCGUGUGCCAGCGACCAGCGCAGCGCGGACUACGCGUUGACCCAGAGUGUGGCUGACUACAGGUGUCAGAAACCCAUGCUCUACAAAACUUCUGAAAACACAGCUCACAUGCAUCCCCUCGAGUCCCGGCGCUCCAGCUCAGAGAACAACUUCUCAGCCCCAGACCUGAGCUCCACAGGCCGGCUGGAGAGCGCUCUGGUGCCGUGUGCGUACGCGCCUGUGAUGGCAGACCCCUUCGGCCACAGAGGGGACAGAUCCUGCAGAGGCUACAGGCUCCAGGUGGACGCCUGCAGCCGCGGCUACACGGAGGACUGCGGGCUCAAAGUCAAGUCGGAGGACAUGUGGGUCGGAUCCUACAGCUCCAGUGAUAAGAACAUGUGGGCUACGAGGCAGCGCAGCGGGAGCUCCUCUCACACUGCAGCCGCGAAGCCGCCUCUCAUCUGCAGCCCGUACGAGAGCCAGUGGUACCCGGCAGGCGCACUGCUGCGCUCCUACCCCAGCCCCAUUGUCAAGCCCGAGGUGGGAGAGUGGCUGGACGUGGCCUACAACGACUCCAGGUUUGAAGGGGCCAGAGAGCACAUGUUCCCCAUGGAGUUCUUCUUCCCACCUCAGAGGACCUGCCUCAUCUGCUCUGACGAGGCGUCCGGCUGCCACUAUGGGGCGCUCACCUGCGGCAGCUGCAAGGUCUUCUUCAAAAGAGCGGCAGAAGCAGCUUCCUGUAUGAACGUUGUAGGUAAACAGAAGUACCUGUGUGCCAGUAAAAACGACUGUACAAUCGACAAGCUGCGGAGGAAAAACUGUCCCUCGUGUCGCCUGAAGAAGUGUUUUGAAGCCGGGAUGACCCUGGGAGCGCGUAAGCUGAAGAAGAUCGGGCAGCAGAAGAGCACUGAGGACGAGGCUUCGGUCCAGGACUCAGACCCGGUCCCCAACAUCUCCCCCAAGUCCGACCUCAGCUUCAGCUCUCAGAUGGUCUUCGUCAACAUCCUGGAGUCUAUCGAGCCGGAGGUGGUGAACGCCGGCCACGACUGCGGACAGCCCGACUCGGCCGCCUGCCUCCUGACCAGCCUGAACGAGCUGGGAGAGAGGCAACUGGUCAAAGUGGUCAAGUGGGCCAAAGGGCUGCCAGGCUUUAGAAACCUGCACGUGGACGACCAGAUGACGGUGAUCCAACAGUCGUGGAUGGGCGUCAUGGUGUUCGCCCUGAGCUGGAGGUCCUACAAAAACGCCAACGGACGAAUGCUUUACUUUGCUCCGGAUCUGAUUUUCAAUGAACACCGCAUGCACAUCUCCAGUAUGUACGAGCACUGCAUCCGCAUGAGGCAUCUGUCCCAGGAGUUCGUGCUGCUGCAGAUCACUCAGGAGGAGUUCUUGUGCAUGAAGGCCGUGCUCCUCUUCAGCAUCAUUCCUGUGGAGGGUCUGAAGAGUCAGAAAUACUUUGAUGAGCUGCGUCUCACCUACAUCAAUGAACUGGACCGAGUCAUUAACUAUCAAAUGUCCAACAACUGUUCACAGAGGUUCUACCAGCUCACGCGGCUCCUCGACUCGCUGCAGAUGACGGUGAAGAAGCUGCACCAGUUCACCUUUGAUCUGUUCGUUCAGGCACAGUCGCUGCCCACAAAGGUCAGCUUCCCUGAGAUGAUCGGAGAAAUCAUCUCCGUUCACGUACCAAAGAUCUUGGCAGGGGACUCAGAUGAGGGCAGUGCCAACGGGACGUGUCCUGCCAACUCCACACUGGACCAACUUCAGUGUAACUCGUCUUGA